AAUCACAGCGUCUAUCGCCUUUCUGCUCCCUCAGCCCUAGAACGAGAUGACUGGAUACUUGGUUUGCGUGAGGUUAUUCAAGAAAAAAGGCAACGGCGUCAUGAACUUGCUCGGCAACAACAACAACAGUCCCGGGCGUCUGAACACACAAAUACAGUUAAUCACCGUGGUCUCACGGCUAUUCCAAUGACCGGAAUUGGCGGCGUCGGCCAAGGUGGGGGUGUUGAUAGCAUUUCCCCAUCGAAGCCAUCAAAUGGACGUCCCAGACUGGAACAUCACAACGGGGAUCUGUCUCGAUCUGACCUAGCGGUCUGCUCAUCAGCUUCCUCUCCUUCAUUCUCAGCAUUUUCAGUUUCUUCAACCAACGCUCCUCAAACUAAUUGUUCUGUUGCUUCUCUUCAUCUCUGCUCGAAUUCUAAUUCUGCUGCUCAUCCAAAAGCUUCUGAUUCAACGACUUUAAACGAAUCUGCACCAUUAUUUCCUGACUCAAAGCCAAUUGUAUCUCAAGUAUCCAUUGUAAACGGAACCUCGGCUUCUAGUAUGCAUAUUUAG